AUGGCAACUCCCACAAAGACGAGGCGUUUAAGCCCUGUAAGGUGCAUAGCCCUUAUAGCGUUAACCAUUAUUGUGAUUGUAGGGCUAACAAUACUUGUGAUUUGGCUGUCGGUGAAGCCACGACGACCAAUUUACUCAAUUGAAAAUGCAUCACUCCACAAUUACAACAUGACAAAAAAUGAGCAUUUGUAUGGAAAUUUCAACUUCACGUUAAAGGCUUACAAUCCAAAUAGCAGGGUAUCCAUAUAUUAUGACAGCAUUGAAGUGAAGCUGUUUUACAAUUCUUUACAGAUUGCAUUCAACAAUGCGGAAACAUUCUUUCAGCCUCAUCGUAACGUGACUUAUUUGGACCUUUUCCUUUCAGCCAAGGACGUUGCAUUGUACGGAGACAUUGCUCGUGAUUUGAAGGAGGAGAGGACAUCAGGAGCUGUGGAAGUGGAGAUUAAAGUGAGAGCUAAGAUAAGGUUCAAGGUUGGAAUUUGGAAAUCAAGUCAUAGGAAGCUGAAGCUAUCCUGUAGCCCUAGGGUGCCUGCUUCUUCAACCAAGGGUUCACAGACAUCCCCUUGUGACUUGGAUUUAUAAGUUCAUCUCAAUUAUUAAUGUUUCUUAUUUUUAAUUAUUUAUGAAUUGUUGUAAUACUUUUUUUCAUUUUCCUUUAUUGAGCUAAGAUUUCAAUGA